CGGAGACCCGGGCCCCAUGUCCUCAGAGAACAUGAUAGCUGUGCACUUCGACAAGCCGGGAGGACCAGAAAACCUUUACCUGAAGGAGGUGGCCAAGCCCAGCCCAGCAGAGGGUGAAGUCCUCCUGAAGGUGGCGGCCAGUGCCCUGAACCGGGCCGACUUACUCCAGAGACAGGGCCAGUACGCCCCACCCCCAGGAGCCAGCAGCAUUUUGGGACUGGAGGCAUCUGGACACAUAGCAGAGCUGGGGCAUGCCUGCCAGGGGCACUGGAAAAUUGGGGACCCAGCCAUGGUUCUGCUGCCUGGCGGGGGACAGGCUCAGUAUGUCACUGCCCCUGAAGAGUUCCUCAUGCCCAUCCCAGCAGGACUGACCCUGUCCCAGGCUGCAGCCAUCCCAGAGGCCUGGCUUACCGCCUUCCAGCUGUUACAUCUUGUGGGAAACGUUGGGGCUGGAGAGACCGUGCUAAUCCAUGCAGGAUCAAGUGGCGUGGGCACGGCUGCCAUCCAGCUCGCCCGCAUGGCUGAAGCGAUUCCUCUAGUCACGGCUGGCUCCCGGCACAAGCUUCAGAUGGCAGAAAAGCUUGGAGCAGCGGCCGGACUCAAUUACAAAGAAGAGGAUUUUUCUGAGGCAACACUGAAAUUCACCAAAGGUGCUGGAGUCAACCUUGUUCUAGACUGCAUAGGUGGAUCCUACUGGGAGAAAAACGUCAACUGCCUGGCUCUUGACGGCCGCUGGAUUCUCUAUGGUCUGAUGGGAGGAACUGAUGUCAGUGGACCUCUAUUUUCAAAGCUACUUUUUAAACGAGGAAGUCUGAUCACCACUCUGCUGAGGUCUAGGGACAAAAAGUACAAGCAAAGGCUGGUGGAGGCUUUUACAGAACAAAUCCUACCCCACUUCUCCACGGAGAGUCCCCAACGUCUACUGCCCGUGUUGGACAGAGUCUACCCCGUGACUGCAAUCCAAGAGGCCCAUGCAACAUGGAGAGUAACAAGAACGUGGGCAAAAUCGUCCUGGAACUGCCGCAAUGAAGGACAAGUUUCCCAGGACAAACUGGAGAGAGUCCAUAGUACGCAGGAAAGAGAUCGGGUGCUACUCCAAGCCGCCCUGUAACCCACUGGCCCUCCCUGGUCUGGCCUCCGGA